GCUGAUUUAAAAGGCAGCUGGGCCUCUGUCCGAAGCACUCAGCUCUGCACCCGGUCACGGCCACCCGUGGGCUGUAGGAGCACACAGACUUCCGGACCGGCUCAGGGCGGGUGCCAUGUGAGCCCAGCUUGGCUCUCCUCCUGCCCACCCUCCUUCUGGCCGCCUCUGCCUGUCCAGUUUCGUUCGCCAAAGAAAAAUACUUGGCACCAUGUCUCUGCUCAACCCUGUCCUGCUGCCCCCCAAGGUGAAGGCUUAUCUGAGCCAAGGGGAGCGCUUCAUCAAAUGGGACGAUGAAACAACCAUCGCCUCCCCGGUCAUCCUCCGCGUGGACCCCAAGGGCUAUUAUUUAUACUGGACGUACCAGAGUAAGGAGAUGGAGUUUCUGGAUAUCACCAGCAUCCGGGACACCCGCUUUGGGAAGUUUGCCAAGAUUCCCAAGAGCCAGAAGCUCCGGGAUGUCUUCAACAUGGACUUCCCUGACAACAACUUCCUGCUAAAGACACUCACCGUGGUAUCUGGCCCUGACAUGGUGGACCUUACCUUCCACAACUUUGUCUCCUACAAGGAGAACGUGGGCAAGGACUGGGCUGAAGAUGUCCUGGCCCUGGUCAAGCACCCGCUGACAGCCAACGCCCCCCGCACCACCUUCCUGGACAAGAUCUUGGUGAAGCUCAAGAUGCAGCUCAACCCUGAAGGGAAGAUUCCUGUGAAGAAUUUUUUCCAGAUGUUCCCUGCUGACCGAAAGCGGGUAGAAGCUGCCCUCAGUGCCUGCCACCUCGCCAAAGGCAAAAAUGACACCAUUAAUCCUGAGGACUUCCCAGAAUCUGUCUACAAGAGUUUCCUCAUGAACCUCUGCCCUCGGCCAGAAAUAGAUGAGAUCUUCACUUCCUACCACGCCAAGGCCAAACCCUACAUGACCAAGGAUCACUUGACCAAAUUCAUCAACCAGAAACAGAGGGACUCCCGCCUCAAUUCCUUACUGUUCCCGCCCGCACGGCCGGACCAGGUGCAGGGCCUCAUCGACAAGUAUGAGCCCAGCGGCAUCAACGUGCAGAGGGGCCAGCUGUCCCCGGAGGGCAUGGUGUGGUUUCUCUGUGGGCCGGAGAACAGCGUGCUGGCCCAGGACAAGCUGCUGCUUCACCACGACAUGACACAGCCACUCAACCAUUACUUCAUCAACUCCUCACACAACACCUACCUGACAGCUGGCCAGUUCUCAGGCCUUUCCUCUGCUGAGAUGUACCGCCAGGUACUGCUGGCUGGCUGCCGCUGUGUGGAGCUGGACUGCUGGAAGGGGAAGCCCCCUGACGAGGAGCCGAUCAUCACCCAUGGCUUUACCAUGACCACAGACAUCUACUUCAAAGAAGCAAUUGAAGCAAUUGCAGAAAGUGCCUUUAAGACUUCCCCCUAUCCUGUCAUCCUGUCGUUUGAAAACCACGUGGACUCACCCCGCCAACAGGCCAAGAUGGCCGAGUACUGCCGCACGAUGUUUGGCGACAUGCUGCUCACAGAGCCCCUGGAAAAGUUUCCGCUGAAACCAGGCACCCCCCUGCCCAGCCCUGAGGAUCUGCGUGGCAAGAUCCUCAUUAAGAACAAGAAGAACCAGUUUUCUGGCCCGGCAUCCUCCAGCAAGGAGCCAGGUGGGGAAGCUGAGGGCAGCUGCCCACCUGAUGCCCCUGUGGUUGAGGACACAGUGUGGGCUGGUGCUGAAGCGGCCAAGCUGGAGGAGGAAGAGGAGGUGGAAGACGAAGAGGAGGAGGAGUCGGGAAACCUGGAUGAAGAAGAGAUAAAGAAGAUGCAAUCAGAUGAGGGCACAGCGGGCCUGGAAGUGACAGCUUACGAGGAGAUGUCCAGCCUAGUUAACUACAUCCAGCCCACCAAGUUCAUCUCCUUUGAGUUCUCUGCCCAGAAGAACCGAAGUUAUGUCAUCUCCUCCUUCACGGAGCUCAAGGCUUAUGACCUGCUCUCCAAGGCCGCAGUGCAAUUUGUGGACUACAACAAGCGCCAGAUGAGCCGCAUCUACCCCAAGGGCACCCGCAUGGACUCUUCCAACUACCUGCCCCAGAUGUUCUGGAAUGCUGGCUGCCAGAUGGUCGCCCUCAACUUCCAGACGAUGGACCUGCCCAUGCAGCAGAACAUGGCACUGUUUGAGUUCAACGGGCAGACGGGCUACCUCCUCAAGCACGAGUUCAUGCGUCGGCCAGACAAGCAGUUCAACCCGUUCUCAGUGGACCGCAUCGACGUGGUGGUAGCCACCACUCUUUCCAUCAAGGUCAUCUCCGGGCAGUUCCUGUCAGAGCGCAGUGUGCGCACCUAUGUGGAGGUGGAGCUGUUCGGCCUUCCUGGCGACCCCAAGAGGCGCUAUCGCACCAAGCUGUCGCCCACUGCCAACUCUAUCAACCCUGUCUGGGACGAGGAGCCCUUUGUCUUCGAGAAGAUCUUGGUGCCUGAGCUGGCCUCCCUCAGGGUGGCCGUGCUGGAGGAAGGCAACAAGUUUCUUGGACACCGCAUCAUCCCCAUCAAUGCCCUCAAUUCUGGGUACCACCAUCUGUGCCUGCACAGCGAGAGCAACAUGCCCCUCACCAUGCCAGCGCUCUUUGUCUUCCUGGAGAUGAAGGACUACGUACCUGACACCUGGGCAGAUCUCACCGUGGCCCUCGCCAACCCCAUCAAGUUCUUCAGUGCCCAUGACAAGAAGUCCGUGAAGCUCAAGGAAGCCAUGGGAGGUCUGUCUGAGAAGCCCUUCUCUCUCGGGAGUCCAGUUGCCAACCAGGCCAACGGAGCAACUGCCUCAACCAGCAAUGGGUCAGCAGCCGGGGCCGGGGCCAGGGAGGAGGCCACUAAAGAAGCUGUGGAGCCCCGGACCACCAGUCUGGAGGAGCUGCGGGAGCUGAAAGGCGUCGUGAAGCUGCAGCGACGGCAUGAGAAGGAGCUGCGGGAGCUGGAGCGGCGCAGCGCACGACGCUGGGAGGAGCUGCUGCAGCGGGGCGCUGCGCAGCUGGCAGAGCUCGGGCCGCUGGGCAUGGGGGGCAGCUGCGGGGGCCGCAGGCUCUGCCCGGGCAAGGGCUCCCGCAAGAAAAGGACCCUGCCCUGCGAGGAGACCGCUGGGGCCAUGCAGGGCGAGGGACCCGAGGGCGGCGCGGACACGCGCGUGCGCAGCGAGCUGAGGGACCGGCUGGAGCUGGAGCUGCUGCAGCAGGGCGAGGAGAAGUACGAGUGCAUCCUGAAACGCAAGCAGCAGCAAGUGGCUGAGCAAAUCGCCAAGAUGAUGGAGCUGGCCAGAGAGAAACAGGCUGCAGAGCUUAAGACCCUCAAGGAGACCUCGGAGAGUGACACCAAAGAAAUGAAGAAGAAGCUGGAGGCCAAGAGGCUGGAGCGGAUCCAGGCCAUGGUCAAGGUCACCACUGACAAGAUGGCCCAGGAACGGUUGAAGAGAGAGAUUAACAACUCCCACAUCCAAGAAGUAGUGCAGGUCAUCAAGCAGAUGACAGAGAGCCUGGAGAGGCACCAGGAGAAGCUGGAGGAGAAGCAGGCAGCCUGCCUGGAACAGAUCCGGGAGAUGGAAAAGCAGUUCCAGCAGGAGGCGCUGGCAGAGUACGAGGCCAGGAUGAAGGGCCUGGAGGAGGAGGUGAAGGAAUCCGUGAGGACCUGCCUCAGGGCCUGCUUCCCCUCUGAGGCCGAGGACAAGCUUGAGAGGCCCUGUGAAGCCUCCAGGGAGCCGUGUGGGCUGGACCCACUUAAAGCCAAGGAAGACACCCAGGAGAGCUUCCUCUGAUACCCCCAUCCAACUGGGACGUUCUGCAAGGACCUAUCUCCUUCUCUGGAGGAGGCUCCAUACCCCAGGGAAGAAAGGCCCCAGCAGCCCCAGCACUCAGAGGCUAUGGGACACUGGGGUCCCCUUGGAGCCUGCAGCACCCUCCUUGACAGCCAGGCUAGAGGAGGAGGCGGGGACCAGAUAUCGUCAGGGCAGGGGCUCAUCAGAGACCUGGAGGUCCUCUGAGCUGACUUCCUGCCCCUCAUUUUUCUCCUCCUGGAGUUAGUGUCACGUAUUUGUUGAGGGCAAAAGAAUGUGGCCUGGGAGGCAGGAAAUGGGAGCCUGGCCUCCCUCUGCCUUUCCUGGUGUGCAGCCAGCGGUGGCCCACUCUGGAAUCAGUUUCCUCAGCCGGACGGUUAGGCCUGGCCACCUGGAACCUCCACUCCAGCACCUGUAGUUCAAGCAGGAUCCUUUCUGCAGUAAGGCUGGCAGCUCACCCUGGCUUCUGGGCCCCAUCUCAGGCCUGCCCUGAGGCAGCCUCAUUGCUGGCUCCCGGAUACAGAGCCUGGCACUACCUCCAAGCUCCGGGGGGACUGCCGCCCAUAGGAUCCCAGGCUGAGGUCCCUUCCCUGGCUUCCCGCCUGUGGGGGAUGGGAGGCUGACACGAAAAAGCUGCCUCAGCUGGUGGGCCCUCAGCCGCUGAGACAGCUGGGGCUGUAGCCGGUGGUGAGGGGAGAAGGAUGGCCUUCUGGGCACUCUCCCACCCAUAGCCUGGCUCACCCCUUUUCUUAGGUUGGGGGUGGUUAUUUCCUGGCAUGUGGCCCCACCCAGGCUGCCUGACAAGGUCAGCAUCAUUUUCUGUCCUGGUUUAUUUAUUUUUCUCCUUACUCCUACUAAAGAAUGCUGUCCAAGA